AUGUGCAUGUUGAAGACGCUCAUGAAGUUCCUCUCGAGAAGUGGUGGAGAGAAAGAAUUCGGACGGCGAGGUGCAAAAGGCUAUGGUAGUUACACGCCGCACUGCGGCACCGGCUUCGAUGAGUUAUCAUUCAUAUGGAAGAACUUGACUGAACCCGCGGGCAGGAGAGGCCUGAGGGUCAGGAGGCGAGGUGGCACUACAAGCGGUGUCAAGGGGAAGGGUAUUUGCUUUUAUCCAAGUUCGAUAUGCUUUCACCUAGGUUAUAGUGAACCGGAGCUAUGGAUUAACGCCCAUUUCCUUGGCCGUGAGCGCCCAAACGCUGAGCGCUGA